AUGAAGACUUCCAUCUCCUCCGAUGUAUGGGAGAAGAAGAAGGCAUUGAUUGCCAAGUUGUAUAUGGAAGAGGAAUGGCCCUUGAAGCAGGUCAUUAAGCAGAUCCGCACCGAUGACUUCAAUCCUAGUGAAACCCAACUACGAAGCAGACUGAAGAAGUGGCGGGUGACCAAACCAUCUCGCCAGACUCGAAAGAAGAGUUUGGCGUCGGCCCAGGGGGAAGACCCAAAAUCAGACAAGGAUGCGAAGCAGAAACCAUCCACUGUUCAACGCCCAUUGCCAUCACUACCAACAAGUGCGGCCCCAACACAUGAAUGGUCCAUGACGCGUCCUAUGUAUGGACAACCCUCCACACUCCAACAUCCCAUCCCAGAUCACGACCAGGACCGUAAAUGGGGCUCUCCCAUGAUUCAGCAGCUCACUCCAAGCCCAUCGGGGGAGCACGUCCUCACCGUGGACCGCACAACUGCCGUCUCCUACCCAGACCCCAGCCCAACGGCAACAUCCUUCGAUCAUGGACACACAUCCCCUGUCGUCGAGGGUCUUCUGCUGAACACUACCUCCACCGUGGCUCCAUCUUACCAAACCUACCCGCUCUCUCCCGAAUCAUGCAUCCCCAGCCCGGGUGCGCCAGCCACUACAACCCCCAACAGCAUUGGCUGGCCGACCCGCGCCGUCUCAGCAGACUACGGUCUCACCCCUAACCAGUGGUACUCGCUGCCCUUCGAAGCCAUCACACCCCCAGCGGUCGUCCCUCAGUCUACAGCUGCUCCCAUGGCGUCUUCAAUCAACGGUUACCUCCCCGGUCAAGGCCAGCUCUACCACCCUCAGUACAACCACUACCAUGCCGAGACACACGAGUACCCACAUGGUUACAACGACGCUAAGAACUGGAGGCGUGCCAUGUCGUUGCAGUAUGAUAUGGCCGGCCACCUUUCUGGGCGUCUAGGGCACGGGGAUGGGAAGCAGAUGCCGCCUCACAGCCAGUCACAUCCUAUAAUAUCACCGUCGCAUACUCAGUCUGGGCCUCAGCCGGUGAUGUGUGCCCCGAUCAUGCCUUACAUGAGCCAUGAUCAAUAUGCGCCGAAGCCUCCGAACAUUGGAUAUUAA